UCAACAAAAUUUUUUUUACAAAAAAUUUCAGAAUCAGAAUAAAAUAACGAAGAAAAUUAAUUAUGAAAAUCGUAAUGGGCUGACAAAAUUGACGAAAUGGAACAGGUGAUCGGUAGCAACAACGCUGAAGUUCAUUAUUACAUCGCUUCCUUGAAAAAGAAAGAAGAAGAUGAAAAUCUAAUUUCCGAAGAAACAUCUCCCGUUAUUCCGGAGCAAAUCUUACUCCAAAAUGUUCCGAAAACACUGUCAACGAAACUGAAAAGCAAAAACGCCACAAUUACUGAAGUUCCUGAAGAAGAAAUUCACGGAAAUCCGAUAGGAAUGUUACAAGAGCUGUGUAUGAUGAGACGCUGGAUGCCUCCGGAAUACAGCACCGAACAAGAAGAAGGGCUACCUCACGAGAGAUUAUUCACAAUUUUAUGUACUGUUGGAAGCUUCAAAGAAUAUGGAGUCGGACGGUCGAAGAAAUUGGCUAAACGGCAAUCCGCUCAUAAAAUGGUACAGAAAAUUCUUACAAUUCCUGCCGAAGAAGAGAAUUCUUACAAAAAUAUGGAAGAUGAAGACGAAGUCGUUGAACGAUACAGUAAUCAAAAAAUAGGACGAGGAUUAUCCGCACAUUGUGGAUUUAGUAGAAAAAUAUCGUUAUUUCAUAAAAAUUUAAAGAAUUUCAGCGGAAGUAGGAUAGAGAGAUUAAAACAAAUCACCAAAAUAGACGAUAUAAACAGCGCCGAAGCGAUCAAGUGGUUAAAAGAAGUAGCUCUUGAGAAUAAACUCGAAGUAACUUUCGUAAAUAUCGAAGAGAAAUCCAAGUCAGGAAAAUAUCAAUGCUUGGUUCAGCUGUCUACUUUACCAGUGGCAGUUUGUCACGGAACUGCCGAUUCUGUCAUUGAUGCUCAACAAAAAGCAUCUCUCAAAGCACUCAAGUAUAUUAAAUUACUUACAAAAUGAAGAUCAUUCGUGUAACGUGCGUGCGUGCACUUGAGAGAAAUAUUAUACGAUGCAUUCUCCAUUCUCCUUGAAUGACAAUGAUGCAGAAACUCUUGGGAAACUGUUUGACGUGAAUUUACAACGAUCAUCUUUGUAAUUCAGAAAUGAUGUUUCAAUUUACGAAGUUAUCCGACAAUGAAGAAUCAUUUUCAUAUUUUUUUCUUUAUUAGUAUUAUGCUUUUUUAUUCUUUUUUACUGUUUGGCAUUGAAAUUAAAUCAGAGCGUGCUUAUAGAUAAGCUAUUUAUAAAGAAACUGCAGGUAAAAGAUCAAAAAUUUUAUUUACAUAAGUACAUGGUUAUAUACAUAACUACUCGACUGAUUUGCAAAAUAAAUAACUGAGUGAUGAAAUACCGA